CCACACACACUUUGCCCCGGCCUCUCCUCUCCUGCUGGCUAACAGGCUAGCCUAGCUCCGCGGCUACAGCAGUCAGUCUUCCCCACAGUGUAAUUAGUUGAGACGCACCGGCUCCAACAACAUUACGGUGCUGUAGACUGAUCUAGCUCCUCACAAAAUUCAAAGACGGGGAAACAACUAGGCCACGUACAUCGAAGGGACAUAAAGAUAGGUAUUCAAUUAUCCAACAACUGAAGAUGAUUAAGCUCUUUUCCCUGAAGCAGCAGAAGAAAGACGAGGAAUCUGCUGGAGGAAACAGAACAGGAGCCGGGGGGAAAAAAGCGAGCGCGGCCCAGCUUCGAAUACAGAAAGACAUCAAUGAGCUGAACCUGCCAAAGACGUGUGAGAUCAACUUCCCUGACGAUGAUGACCUGCUCAACUUCAGACUCAUCAUCUCACCAGACGAGGGCUUUUACAAAGGCGGAAAGUUCGUCUUCAGCUUUAAGGUAGGACAGGGUUACCCUCAUGACCCCCCUAAGGUAAAGUGUGAGACGAUGGUGUAUCACCCCAACAUUGACUUGGAAGGAAACGUCUGCCUAAAUAUCUUAAGAGAGGACUGGAAGCCUGUGUUGACAAUAAACUCCAUCAUCUAUGGCCUACAGUAUCUAUUUCUAGAGCCUAACCCAGAGGAUCCAUUGAACAAGGAGGCGGCAGAGGUCUUGCAGACAAACCGGCGGCUUUUCGAGCAGAACGUCCAGCGCUCACUGCGGGGGGGCUACGUGGGCGCCACCUACUUCGAGAGGUGUCUUAAAUAACUGGCGUCCCACCGGCCCCACCAGCCCACCCCUCGAUCCCAACACAUACACACACACACACACACACACACAUACACACACAUACACCCCUUCCCUCCUCCACACACUCCCUAAACCUUUACUACUCUGCCCUGCUCGCCAGCAGCAGCCACAAAGCAGAAAGCAGCACGCCACAAGACGCUUUUCUGUUUGAAAACUAAAAAAAAAAAAAAAGAAGAAGAAACCCCCCCUCCCCUCCCUCCUUCCCUCCCUCUCUCUGACCCACCUACCUCUCCUCCCCUGUAUUUCUCUCUGUUUUUCUUCCAAGAAGCAUUCUACCGUUUACACACCGCCGGGGACGCCGACCCACAACACACACCUGACUGACUCGAAACGAUGGCCGCUGGCCGCUGGCUGAUGGGAUGAGGAUUGCGGGGUGGGUGGGGGGCAGGGAGGUGAUGGGGGAGGUGAGGAAGAGGAGGUAGAUGGAGGAGGCAGGUGUGGAUGGUCAGUGAAUGUUGCCUGGGUGAGACGAUAAUUCGGUAAAAAUGCCACUACGCUGAUGAUGGUGAUGAAUAUACCCAUGAUUUUUUUUUUUUUUUUUUUUUUUUAAGUUUCCUUUUUGUGUGUGUGUGUGUGUGUGUGCACGUGUGUGUGUGUGUGAGAGAGAGAGAAGAGACGCCAACUGACCCACCCACUGACAGACACGCACACACACACACACACACACACACACACACACACUUACAAACAUGCCUCUCUCUCUCCUUUUCUACUUAAAGACUCGCUGGUGUUUUAUGUAUGUAUGUAUGUUCAGAGCAUUCAGCGAGCACUCUUGAACGGGAGAGGUCGAAACUUGAUUCACUGCACACACACACACACACACACACACACACACACAC